AUGGAGACGAACCAAAUUGAUAAAAUCAGCGAAUUACCGGAUCAUAUUAUAGAAGACAUUUUGUGUCGUUUAUCAACUAGGGAUGCAGUGAGAACAAGUGUAUUGUCGAGCAAGUGGAGGCUUAAAUGGACUACAUUACCAUCCGUUGUGUUCGGUGACAGUUUUAUGUGUCCACACAUAUUCGAAUCAAACGAGGAGUUUGUGAGCACAAUAGAUCACGUUCUGUCGCGCCAUGUUGGUCCAAUACACAAGUUCAAGCUUUGCUAUGACAUUUACGCAAUAAACGAGCACAUGAGUAUCGAUCACGAAGAAAUUCUUCUCAAUCGCGACAUAAAUCGGUGGAUUCUUCGUCUAUCAAGAAGCCACAUUAAAGAACUGUCACUUAUGUUUUACCCCCGCCAAUGCUCUAUGUUGCCUAGUUGCACACUCUUUUCCCAAAAAUUGACCGGCUUGGAGUUAUGCAAUUCUUCAUUGAAACUCUCGGAGACAUUUAAAGGUUUCGGAAAUUUGAAAAGCCUUCAUAUCUCUAGCGUAACUUUGACUAAAGAUAUGAUUGAAAUUCUGAUACGUAGCAGCCCUGUGCUUGAAAGUGUGGCUUUGUGGCCGGUUCACCUUGGUGAUUUUGUUGAAAAUAUCAAUGUCGACGCGCCUAAUCUCCGAGUCUUCAAAUUUUGCGGCACGCGUACCAAUUAUAUCACUUUUCGAAACACCUUCUGUUUAGCUGAAGUCACCAUUUUGUGGUCUAAGCCUUACCAGUCGAGGCAUCUCAACACCAGUGGGAUGCCCCGGUUUUUUGAUAAUCUAUUGAAUGUCCGGAGGCUCACACUCAAGGGUGGUUUUAUAGAGUGUCUAGCCCUCGGUGGUUUACCAAGAGAGUAUCCGUUACGCAAUCUCAAAUAUCUAUCCACGGCCGUUAACUUCAACCGUCGAGAAGAGAUUUUAGCAGCUCUUUGCCUUCUAAGAAGUGCUCCCAAUCUACAAGAACUAAACAUUUGCAACGGGGCACAAUCCCUCCUCAAGAACAUCAAAUAUCCCAACUUCUUGGAAGCUGAUCAAACGAAUCGCUUCACCAAAUUGCAACGGGUUGAAAUGAGUGGCAUCUUUGGUUCUGAAGGAGAAAUCUAUUUCAUCAACUUUAUGCUUUCUACAUCAACUGUUCUAGAGACGAUGACCAUUCGGACUAUUUUGGGCUUCUCUAAAUUAUCGAAGCUGAAAAAGUCAUUGUGCAAAAAACGUGCCUCGUUGCGAGCAGAGAUCAUUAUAAAAUAG